GUCUAGCCUGACUGAAACUUCGGCAGAAAUCACUUGGCAGGCCCCCAAUUCAGAAAGGAUGGCUACCGCCAGGGCGUCUGCGGCUUCCGUUGGUUCCCUCUCUGGCCAAAUCACUUCUUCAUCCUCUCUCCAACAGAGAGACCUUGAUCUUCACGCUGUCCCAGCUGCUUCCAUUCAAACUCAAGCCGUCCAGACCCUGCGCUCCAACUCAUGGCGGGCUAGGAAACCUGUUUCGACUUCAAACAUUCUGCCAGGGACUGUUCUCACGUUGCAAUCCUCGGGCCUAGGGCAAAGACGUCAGGGUCGUGCCAGGGUGGCUUGCACCGUUGAAGCUCCCCCGAUGACCACUUUUGAAACCGCAUUCUCCCCCACCAUCGUCAACGUGGAGCUCGGCACACGGCGGUACCCCAUCUAUAUUGCGCCAAAGCUGUUGGACCAUCCCCAUCUGCUGCGAAAGCACGUCAAGGGCAAGCAGGUGCUAGUGGUCACAAACACAAGGGUGGAGCCGCUCUAUUUGGACAGGGUCGUCGCAGGGCUCACCGAGAAUGGAUCAAAUGACGUUAGGGUUGAGACGGUGGUACUGCCUGAUGGGGAGGAGUACAAGACGCUCGAGGUGCUGAUGCAAGUGUACGACAAGGCAAUUGCCACCAGGCAAGACCGGAGGUGCACAUUUGUGGCGCUGGGUGGGGGCGUGAUCGGGGAUAUGUGCGGGUAUGCGGCGGCGUCGUACCUGAGGGGGGUCAACUUUAUCCAGAUUCCAACGACGCUGAUGGCGCAGGUUGAUUCUUCCGUGGGGGGGAAAACGGGGGUGAACCACCCCCUGGGAAAGAACAUGAUCGGCGCGUUCUACCAGCCGCAGGCGGUGCUCAUUGACACAGACACACUGAGCACGCUGCCGGACAAGGAGUUGUACUCGGGCAUCGCUGAGGUCAUCAAGUAUGGGCUGAUCCGAGACGCGCCAUUCUUUGAGUGGCUGGAAGAAAACAUGGAGAAGCUGAUGGCCAGGGACCCAGAGGCGCUGACCUACGCCAUCAAGCGGUCGUGCGAGGACAAGGCUGACGUGGUCGCUGCCGACGAGAAGGAGGCUGGGCUCCGGGCAACUUUGAAUCUUGGCCACACGUUCGGACACGCAAUUGAGUCGGGGCUCGGGUACGGGGGUUGGUUCCACGGGGAAGCGGUUGCCGCCGGCAUGGUCAUGGCCGCUGACUUGUCACACAGGCUCGGCUGGAUUGACCAAGCUCUUCUCGAACGGACAGUGAACCUAAUAGAACGGGCAAAGCUGCCCAUUCGCCCACCUCCGGAAAUGACGGUGGAAAAGUUCAAGUCAGGGAUGGCUGUCGAUAAGAAGGUCGCGGAUGGAAAGCUGAGGAUGAUUCUGCUGAAGGGAGGUCUGGGGCACUGCGUGUUUACGGGCGACUUCGACAAGGCAAAACUUGACGAGACUCUGAGAGCAUUCUGCAAACACUGAGCAUGCACAACUAAAAAUUUAGCGUGCACGAGCCAUAUGUAUCUUCAAUUGCUUUUGCUGCAUGACCUGUCAAGUGUUGCAAGCCAGUGGGUCUUGCACCA